GCCCUGAGAGGGGGGCCCCUCGGUCCCCGCUGUGACCCCGACGGCGGCGCGCGUCUCAGCCGCCUCCUCCUCCGCAGCGCCGAUGGUCACGUGACGAGGCGUGCUGGAGCGGUCACGUGACGGUUGCCUAGGAACCGCGUCCCGUCGCCGCUCAGGGAAACUCGCGCCCAGGCCCGGUGGUGAAAAAGUUUGGCCAAGGUCGCAAGACAAAAAUGUGUGCAGACCACAUCCCGCUGGACCUGCUCUCUUCUCUCACCCCGGCCCGGGCAAAGAUGAUGACGCGUUCGCAUACAUCACGCGCCUCCGACAAAGUAUGGCAUUAUCCGCAGCAACGGAGCAAGUUUACACAUCUCACAGAUCAACCUGUGUGUCUGACGGGAGCAGGGAGAAAUUUGGCCUUCCUUGAAGAUGUGAGAGACGCUUGCGUCCGCAAAGUGGAGGGGGAGGUGGCCCAGCCAAAGGAAGUGCUUUCAGAAACCUUCAUCCCCGAGGAGUUCCACAUCAUUCAGAACCACGGCGUUGUGGGCCUGCAGCUUAAAGACUCGAAAUACACCACAUAUCUAGAAGACGAUGAGAAAAAUAUGCGAACUUUUCCAUCGAUGCGUCCGAUGGCACGCAAUGAGGUGGUGGAGCUGACUCGCGUGCUGGAUACGUGGCUGGAGAAGCUAGGACCCAUGGAGAUAGAAGGUCCCACAUCUAUUCACUCCCUGCUGCAGCUGGUGCAACAGGAGCAAUGCAUAUACAACGCGGUUUUCCACGAGGUCAUCCGGCAGGUCAGCGUGCAGUGCAUGGAGAGGGGACAGCUGCUGGCUAAACUGAGGGAGCGAUACUCGUCCCUUUUGAGCCGCGUGCCAGUGCUGGUUGCCGGGCUGCACGGGGACGUCCUGGCAACCAGAGCCCAGCACCGCCGCCUCAUGGAGCAGCUCACAGCUUUCCAGACGUCUGUCAACCGGAUGGCCAGCGAGCUGAGCUCUGUGCGAGAGCGGGACGGCCGGGUGAACGCACAGGCCCAGAGGGAGAGAGAAGACCUCAAACGUGUGCUGAACGAAAGCAGACGGAAUGCCAACCUGCUGGAGGAGUACCACAGUGUGUAUGGCCUGCACCGACACCGGCUGGAGAGCAGCAUGGGUGUCUUGCAGCGAGAGAGGGAUGGCUGGGCCUCCGCUGCGCUGGCUCUGGCAUCCCAGCUGACGGAGGAGCGUUCCAUCGUGACUGUGCGCCGCCUGCGUGGACACUCUCAAGCCUGGGCCAACGUUGCACAGCAGCACUUGCUGCUGCUCAGCAAUCGGGAUGGCAGUGUGGUGGCGGAGGUACGCUCGCUGGUGAGCAGCUGGGCUGAGAAGGCAGCUCGCUUGGACAGAGCCUGCCUUCAGGCUGAGGCCAGCACGGCGGCCAGACUUCAACAGGCUCAUCUUGGCCUCCAACGCUGGGUCACGCGUACUACAAUCAUAACACAAGAUGGAGAAAAUGGAUUUGGUUUCCCAGAGAUGAAUUUGAUGGAAGAGCUUCAGGCUGACUUACAACGCUGGGCUGAGAGCCUGGCGGAAGAUCUGGAGCGCUUUGGUGGAGCUGAAAUGCUGGAGCUCACGAAGGAGCUCGCCUCUCUGGGGUCCAUGUCAGCUCGGCUCACAGUGCUCUCUCAAACUCUCCAUCACGAGCAUUGCCAUGGCCAUGUUACUGCUCGUCAAAUUGAUUACAAGGGGGAAGAGCAUAAGUCUGCAAUCGAGGAUCUGCAGAAAAGACAAGUGAGCGAUUUUAACGGUUGUCAGUGCCGCACUGAUGAGGAACAAAGCAUUAGUGAUGGUGAUGGCAGUGUAGCAGCGGAGGCUGGAGAGGGGUGGGAGCGUGUGGCUGGGAGGUUGGAGCGAAGCGUGCGGUUCUUGCAUGCCAGGGUGACCGGCGAUAAUGGACUGGCAGACACACUUAAGGAUCUGUGCCGCGCAUUUGAAACCUGGUCUGAAAAGCUGGCCCUGGCCUCCUCGUAUGCACACGCCAUGCCAGCUUCUGAUUGGUUGCAACUCGUUAAGUCCCUCUCAGAUUGGUCAGUUGUUGUGAUCAAGGCCCUGGUGUUGGUUGAGAACGUACCAUCUGAAGAGAAGAGCGAGAGUGGAGCGAUGGAUGCCGUGGUGGGUGCACUACAGGGCUGGGCGGGGCGUUUGUCGAUGGCAGUGGAUCGAGAAGCGUCCAGGCUGGCAGAGCAGUUGGGUAUGGUGCGGGAGGGCGUUUCGUCGUGGCUGGUGAGGGCUGUGCUCCACCUCGCCUCCCCAUCAUCACCAUCACAACGAGGGGAAGGGGACGGCGAGGGUGAACGUGGCAAGGCCAUGCUGGAGAAGGCGUCGUCUCUCGGUGGAGCGAUGUCGCACAUCACUCAACACAUUGCCAGAUGCUGUGAGGCUGUGGCGGUGUCAAGUGGAGGCAGCAGAGAGGGCAUGGUGUUGCGAGACCUGGAGGUGGAAUAUUCUGAAUGGAUGGAAGUUAGUCAACUGUUGCUGCUUGAACUAUCGUCUCAUCAAAUCCCUCCAGCGGACACUGCCGAGACUGAAGACAAAUGUUCGGACGCUACGGAGAAGAGUAGCCCCACCGUGCAGGUGAUCGGACACGACGCUAACGUGGAGGCCAGAUCCCUGAGCAAAGAGAUGUCCGCACUCGCAUUGGGUCAACAACUUCAGACAUAUAAUGCGAUGGCUACAAUCAAGCAGCUACAAGCACAGAUAUUGAGUACGGAGGCGCGGGCGCAGAGCGCGGAGGAGCGCGUGGCUCAGCUGCAAGAGCAGUUGCGCACAGCUGCCGACAGGGGGGAGAGAGACGCGAGCAAGGACGGGCUGGGACAGAGCGAGGAGCGUGGAGGAGGACGAGGGAGAGCGGUUCCUUAUGUGGAGGAAGUCGCUUCCACCGGUACAGCUGCCGACGGUGACGGAAAAACGUUUGGAAUCCCUGAGCAAAGACACGGCCUCUCGGGAAAAGCACAUUCUGCCGAAAAGCUGAGUAGACCCAGCAAGUCCCCUCGCGGUGGCAAGAAACAAUAAACUAAAAAACUUAAUUUCUAUUUUACCAGGUUAAAUCCCACUGAGCUCUUAGUUAUUUUUAAGGUGACCUGGCCACACUUGAUAGCUCAUCGAAGUGGCUUGUCAUAUGUGGGACGUUAUAGUGGCAGCCAAAAUAAUCAGAUUACACUUUUCUAAAUGUGGAGGGGAGAAAACCGGAGGACCCAGAGAAAAAUCCACACGGCCACUGGGGGAGAGAGAACACACCAACUCCAAAUAUAAAACAGGCGUCGUCAGGGUCCGGAAUCGAACCUACAUCCUCCUGAGCACCAGGUGAGGGAUAAAAUAAGCAGCCUUUACACGAAGGCGGCUAUGCGCAAACAGUAACGUGCUAAGGAGGGAAGUGAGUCCAGGAAUUAAUUACAUUUCUGAGAGGAUGCAGAGCGGAUGCCGCCACCACCCUCAGACGACAGCUGAUCAGAAGCCUUCACAUGCGCUACAGCAGUGGGUCGCCCCUCGUUAGGUUCUCCCAUGCUGAGCGACGCAUGAGCCGAUCUAUAAUCUUCAUCUUCGCUGGUAAAAGUCAAAAGUUAAAAUGAUUUUAUGCUCAAAUGAGCACCGAGGCUUUGGUGCUUAUCUCGUGUUUACAGCCCUGAGCCAGUGGUGGAAAUUCAUCAUCCAUUUCUGAUUUCCCCACGAAGUGGAAACAAUUUUACUGACCCUGGAGGGAUGAUUGGCUGAGUCAACCCCCAAACCAGGAUUUUAACUCGCAACCUUCUGAUUGUGCGCGGUUCGCUCGACCACUGACCCACCUGGCGAAUGGUACGAUGCCGGUGGUGUACCAUUGCUGAGAAAGGGACUGUGUGGUGGAUUAAAACUCAUCAAUAACAGUACCCUAUAGGGGAAUAUAUCUCACACGUGAACGUUUGGGCAACGGCCUGUCUUCGUAGCAGAGAUCAAGGGCCAUUGCCCCAAAUAUCACCUAUUGUUUUCCUUUUCACAUGUUGUGUUUUUGCUAUUUGUGCUUGUGCACCACUGCCAACGUGGUGAGCACAUUUUCGUUUAACGCUGGGAUGGAUCGUGCGGUGGUAGCUGGAACUGCGGGAUGGCGAAUGGAGAUGCCCAGAGAAGCGAGUUGAACGUUACCUGUGUUGUACGCUGCCGUGACGAUGCGUAAUUCAUUGUGAAACGUAUUACGCUAAGCAAAUUAAAGUUUCCGUGUUGCUGUGGAGGCUUUUGGGCUGCAAGAGAUGACCAGCACUUGACGGCUUCUGCAAGUCAUUGACUCUUACAGCACUCCUAUCCUUAACGGUGUGGCGUACCUUGUAAUCUUGCUGCCCUUAAUAACGCAAUAUUGGAACACAAAUGUUACAUGGCUUGGCUUUGGAUCCUCUGUAAAUGCCUUGGAUAUAAAUACCCCGAUUUACAUC